AUGACGUAUUCCCCGCUGCUGGUCCCCGUCUCGCUGCUGCUCCCCGUCUGCCUCUUUGUUUUCGUUGCUGCCGGCGCCCUCGAGUCCCCGUCCGUCCGAGCGUUUCCCUACGUCGUGCUCAUGACCAUUGUCUUGAUGCAGUUUCGCCUCGUUGCCUACUACUUUUACGUCACCAAGAACCCGGGGCUGCAGCUGUUGGCGGCGUAA